CGGUUCCCGCUUUCAUAUCGCACUUGAACUUUCCGAGGAGCAGACAUUGUGAUGACUGGCGACGAGCGCUUCCGCCUGUGAAUCCCAUCAGGUCCCCAUCUAGACUCUAGUGAUACUUAUGUAGCGCCAGGACAACACGAAGCAUAUGCAUGGAGCUGCGUUCCCCUUUGUGUCCGUUAUGUCCCGGAUACCCUCUUUAUUAAUAGUUCGAAGGUCACUCUUUGUUUUGUCUCAUCAUCGUCCUUCGUCUCGGAUGGCCCGCAUAUCCAUCAGUCUUUUUCUCUAUUUUCCACUCGUUUUUGCAACAAAUUACAACUUGAUACGUGACUAUUCAGGUUCCACGUUCUUCAAUGGAUGGAGGUUCACUGGUGAUGCUGACCGUACCACAAACGGAGACGCGUUCUUCGUUACUGAAGAAGUUGGCUUGCAGCAGCAUUUGGCUUACGUCGAUCCCAAUACCAACCGCGCGAUCAUCAAAGUAGACAAUGUCUCUGUAGUUGCGGACCAGCAGAAGAGAAACACUGUGAAAAUCACUACACAAGAUUUGUAUCCUGUGGGAAGCGUUUGGAUAACUGAUCUUCAUCACGUCCCGUUUGGUUGCUCCGUUUGGCCCGCAUGGUGGUCUCAAGCUCCGGGAUGGCCUAUGGGAGGUGAAAUAGACACGUUCGAAGGCGUGAACCUUUUCACCCAAAACCAGAUGUCGCUUCACACCCUCCCAGGAUGCAAACAAGUCAAUCCCGUCCAAACCUCGACUCUGAUACCCAACGCGGAUUGCAGUAACACGACGAACAACAACCAGGGAUGCAUAGUUAAGGACCCGAACACGAACUCGUAUGGCCAGCCGUUUGCGGAUGCUGGAGGAGGGGUGUUCGUGACGGAGAUGGCAACCAGCGGUAUUUCGAUCUGGUUCUUCACGCGAAGCGCAGUCCCUAGCUCGAUAACCUCGAAUUCGAGCACGAUCGAUACUUCGACUCUCGGGAAACCGGUUGCUAAUUACCCUGCCACUGGAUGUCCGAUGGACACGUUUUUCGGGCCACAGGCGUUGAUUUUUGAUAUUACUCUUUGUGGAGACUUUGCGAGACCACUAUACGAGCAACCCGACAGCGGGUGUCCGGGCUCUUGUUAUAAGAACGCCGUACUUGGGCCUCCGUCGGGCUAUGACAAUGCGUACUUCGAUAUCGCGUAUUUGAGAGUUUAUAGCUCGAACCCAAGUCAGGGAGGGGGUGCAAGUGGAAACGGUGGAAAUACCAAUAGCACCACUGGUGAUCAAGGAGGUAAAAAUGAUGCCCAGGUUCUUCACCGUGCCACUUUGACUUCGGCAUUCGCAUCUGUCAUUUUCUUGUGGGGCAUCGCGCUUAUCUGAAACCUAUAAUUGGCUCUAGAUAUAGUAGGACACGUCUCGCCUAUCUGUAUGGAAUAUCGUUUAAGGGACC